AAUGGCUAAUCAUGGUCCUUGCUAUGGUUUGAGCAGAGAAUUGGAACGAAAGAAUCAAGCACGUUUCAAUUUAGAAGAAGCUUUAGAAGUUCUUCAAUGGAUAGAGGAUAUGAUUGGAAUACCUCUUAAUCCCCCGAUAGAGCAAAUAACUACUUCUUUACAAGUUUCUGAAGUUCUAAAGGAUGGACUAAUUCUUUGCUUACUUAUGAAUCGUCUUGUGGAUUCGCCUGGUUGUUCAGUUAUAAAAUUCCAUAAAAAUCCACGGAUGCCUUUUCAUAAGAUGGAAAAUAUUUCAAAUUUUUUGGAUGCUUGUAAAGCUUUUGGAGUUGCUGAGAUAUCCUGUUUUCAGACAGUUGAUUUGUAUGAAAACAAACAAUGCUAUAAAGUAAUUGAAUGUCUUCGGUCAUUAGCUGCAGUUGCACAAAGCAAAAGCCAGUCAGGUGCUUUACAUUCACUUUCAAAUAUUCAAUUUCCACCGUGGGUUGUUAAAAUGGCACAAAAUCAGCCUCGAAAAUUCGCUCCGGAUGUAAUACGUCAAAGUGAGGCAGUUAUUCCGCUUCAGUAUGGAACAAAUAAAUGUGCCUCACAGAAGGGAAUGACACCGUAUGGAUUGACACGCCAAAUUAAAUAA